CGGCAGUGUGUGAGGAGCGGGUGUCGUGGCGGGAACUGUGCGGCCUUGUACUGAGCGCUGGUGUUGACUGCCGCGGACUCGUGAGAGAGAGAAAGAGAGAGAGGGACAUAACGAAUCGAAGUGACCGUGUUUUGUGAGGUGCAUGCCGGACUCGCCGCCGUGUCGCAGUGCCGCUGGGCAGUGCAGGAGUCGGGCUGCUGCGAGGCGCGACGCCCACUGAACGCUGGGCCGCGUUGACGGCGGCGCCGCCAUGAAUCUCCCGCUGAUGAUGCCGCUGACACUUAUUUCGUUAGCGCCUGGCAAGGGCGACCCUGAGGGUAACGGGACGGGCGCUGCCCUGCUGGGGGGCGGUACCCCUGGGGACGCGGUGCUGCGGGAGCGCCACCACGUGUCCUUGGCCAAUGGGUCCUCGCUGGAGGCCACCUACAGCGGCUCUUACGACGGCAACGCCAACCUCUUCAAGGAGACCAUGACGAUGACGGGACCCGAACUGCUGGUGGCGCGGGUCCUGGGAGGUCUGCCCCGCCCCUCCCGCCGCCCCGCCGCGCCCCACCCACGCCGACACUCAGCAGCAUGCAUGGAAGCCGACAGCCACGAGGCUGGCUCGCUGCACGAUGCCUCUGACAUCGCCAUGAGCGAGGGCGGCGACACAGACGAACCCGAGGCCGACCUUAGCUCAAGCUGCUCCUCGUGGCCUCGAGGGAUCUCGCCCUCGCCCUCCCCUGAGGAUCGGUGGUGGGCGAGGGGCGAGGGUGGUGGGCAGGACUGGGCGUGGGUGGAGGCGCGGUGGCAGGGGCUGCGUCGCCUCAGGACCCACAUCCCGCCCGCGCUGGAGGAGCGGCUCCGGCGGGUGCGGGUGCGGGGUUGGGGCCGCGGGCGGCUGCGGGGAUUGCAAGAGCGGUGA